GUCAAUUGGUUCGAGCUUUGAUCGCUUUCCAUUUCGCCUAAGAAAGCUUUGAUACAUAUAUUUGUUUAACGAAAAUGUUGUUUCGCUACGAGAGUUUAGCUUCGGUGCUAGCCUGUGUUGAGGCUGUCGCGGCUUUGUAUAGCAGUGAUGUCAAGAUCUCUCCACGGGAUUUCGAUUCAAGACAAACGACCAGUUUAGGAGCUAUCACUGUGCGUUCUGCGGAACAGAAACGAGGACUUGCCAGUUUUAAACCGGAUUUGGAGUGUACUCAUCAUUAUGCUGAUCAUGAUUCGAUAAUUCGAGGGGCACAUUCGAGAUUUGCAUCCACAUCGAUGAAAUAUAAAUUACCUGCCGUCGCAUUGGAAGAUAUUGAACUCAAUGUCAAGAACAUUGUAUGUUCAAAGUCAACUAUUAUUCUUCAGUUUCCCUCGGAAAAUUUGUUACUUGGAGCAAAGAAAGAAUGGAAAGAUUUAUCAGAAUUCUUGGUCAUUUCAUCGCACGCCGGGUGUAAUGACCAAAAUGCGCGGGCUCCAUAUUUAGUAUCCAACGUUGAAUAUGUUUUCAAGUCCAGUACCGCUAUACUCUCCGUGCGACGAAUUGAAUGGAGCGAUGCCUACGAUACGAUGGAAGUAAAAUUCGGAAUGGGUAAAUACGAUAGUAGCGCCCUCCGUAUACACAAUGAUUUGCGCAAAAGAAUUACUUCGUCAGUUUCAGUAUCGUCUUCUGAAACCGUCUCGUUUCCAUCAGCGCCAUCAGCAACACCCACCUCAGACACAUCAGUUCAUGACAUUGGAUAUUCGGUACCGGCGGGUUUUAAUCUCGGGUCUUUCGCUACUUCAAAUGAUGGUGUAGGCGGAUCUUUAUCAAUAAGUUGUAGCAAUUGUUCAAUUGAAGGUUCAAUCGAAAUGACUCAGGGCGUGUUUAAUGUUAGCAACUCCUCUCUCGAUACAAAGAAAGCAGUGAACUUUGUAGAAAAUGGUUAUUUCGAUAUGGUAGUCAAUGGAUUCGGUGCCCAUAUUGAAAUUGAUACUGCAGUUGCGGGAACAUUUACAGAAACCUACAUUAUGAAUCUUAUGACAUUGGCUUUACCAGGUUUUCAGAUCCCAGAUAUUGCCGCAAUAGGCCCAAUGUGGGUUCCUGCAAUUCAAGGCUCCAUCGGCGUCUCGAAAAAUCUAAAUUUCACUUACGGUUUCGACGUUUCCGCCCCAGAUAAUUCCUCCAUCCGACUUAAUAUUGGAAACCUUACCGAAUCAACAUCUUCUGGUUUUAGCGACUCCUCCAUCACCGCUCUUCCCCUUACUGCGACCGAUUCCUCCAUAUCCUUAACUCUCUCUCUCGCCCUUCAUUCCCAAAUUCUCCUCGGUGUUAAUAUACUAUCAGGAGAUGGGUCUAUAGCCGCCGGCGCUUUUCUUGAUCUUCCCGCUCUCUCCGUUACAAUCUCCGAACUCACCUCGGUAGAUGAAAACUGCAAUCCAGCUCAAAGCUCUUCCUCAAGUGUUAAAGACCUAGACUAUUUCUCCUCUCUCACAAAUAUUGUUCCACAAGCAGAUAUAGCAAUAGGACUCCAAGCCGGUAUUCAACUGACGGUUCCGGAUUUACAUUUUGUGGAAAAUGUAGGGACGACGGCUACGCUUGCUGGAACGAGUAUGCUGCUUCCGACUCAAUGUAUGAGCUUUGAUGGGGGGAAGAAAGAAUUUGUUACUCCCGGAGCUACUGGGAGUUCGAGUUCGAGUUCGAGUUCAAGUACGGGGACGGGUACAGCCGCAGAUUCGAAGAAGUCGAAUGCGGAGAAACAUGUUUCAGUGCCGGUGGUAGGUGGCGGAGGGCUUGGAGGGUUGACUUGGAUGGCGGGACUUUUGGGGUGUGUGGUUUUUGUAGCGUUGGGCUUAUAAUGAUGAUUUGACGAUUUGACGAUUCUUAAUUUUUCUUACCUGUCGAGCCGAAAUUCUCAGAUUUGAGAUCGGACA